ACCUGGCUAGGCUAGCGGGACUGAGAGUUAGCAGCCCAGAGAGCAGGAGUCAAGUGGAGGUAAACUAAUGGAGACGGGGCAGCAGCGAGUCGGCCCCCUCCCGCGAUGCACGCGCUGAGUGUCGCACACAGCUAGCAAAGCGCGCGCGGUCCCGACGCACGGGGAUCGAUAUCCAUGGAGAAAGCAACCGACGAGAAAUAAAAGGCGACAUCAACAGCGACGGGUUAGCUUGGUUUCAAUGUUAUUAUUAAUUAAAGCCCACAUAUGGUCACGAUGUCCUGCUUCGGGAACAUGGUUUGGGAUGUAAAUAAACGUCUAAUUGGAUACAACGAGCCGAACACCAUCAGGAGCAACUACUUGGGCAGAAGAGAGUUCCUUCAGAGACUUAAACUCGAAGGGACCCUGAAUGUACACGAUGGCUGCGUCAACACGAUAUCCUGGAACAACACCGGUGAAUACCUCCUGUCGGGGUCAGACGACACCUUCCUGGUUAUCUCCAACCCGUACAACAAGAAGGUCAAGAAGUCCAUACGCUCAGGUCAUCGGGCGAAUAUCUUCAGCGCCAAGUUCAUGCCCCACACCAACGACCAGGAGAUCAUCUCCUGCUCCGGAGACGGCGUCAUCUACUACACCAACACGGAGAAGAGCCCCGAGCACAACAAGCAGUGUCAGUUCACCUGCCAUUACGGAACAGCUUAUGAGAUUAUGACGGUACCAAACGACCCCUACACGUUUCUGUCGUGCGGGGAGGACGGCACGGUGCGGUGGUUCGACCUCCGCACGAAGACAAGCUGCACUAAAGAAGACUGCAAAGAUGACAUCCUGAUAAACUGUCGGCGGGCGGCGACCUCCAUCUCUAUCUCUCCUCUGGUGCCGUACUACCUGGCUGUCGGCUGCUCCGACAGCUCAGUGCGGAUCUACGACAGACGCAUGCUGGGCACCAGAACGACAGGUAACUACAUGGGCCGGGGCAUGACGGGCAUGUGCGUGAGGUUUGUUCCCGCUCACCUGUCCAACAAGUCGUGUCGCGUCACUUCUCUCUGCUACAGCGAGGACGGUAAGGAGGUGCUGGUCAGCUACUCCUCCGACUACAUCUAUCUGUUCGAUCCCAAAGACGACCAGGCCCGAGAGCUGAAGGGCCCGUCAGAGGAGCGCAGAGAGGAGCUGAGGCAGCCUCCGGUGAAGCGCCUGCGUCUCCGGGGUGACUGGUCCGACACCGGACCCCGAGCCCGCCCUGAGAGCGAGAGGGAGAGAGACGGUGAGCAGAGCCCGAACGUGUCUCUGAUGCAGAGGAUGUCGGACAUGUUGUCCCGUUGGUUUGAGGAGGCCAGCGAGGCUCAGAGCGGCAGAGGCCCCCGGCCUCAGACACGCCCCCGAGCCGUCCGUCCAGAAGGGGCGUCGAGUACUCCGGCCGCCCCCGCGGGAGGCUCCGGUCAGCAGUCCAGCGUCCCCGAGGGGCCCGUGGGGUCAAACGGCCGGGAGGUACCUGGCUCCUCGUCAACCGCCACAGCACUUCCUCCUUCCAGCUCUCUGUCGGUGGAGAGCUCGGCUCCUUCCUCAGCCCCCCUCACCUCCUCGCCGGACUCAGAGCAGAGGAGUCAAGGCGACACGACCGGGGCCCCCACGCCCUCGACCUCCACGCCCUCCACCUCCAUGCCUUCGACCUCCACGCCCUCCACCUCAGAAGCUGCUCUUUCAGAGUACGGUCCUCGUCGGCUGCCCAUAAGUUUAGUGUGUAGGCGUUUGCAGAGGUUACUUCGGUUGGCCGACCCACCAGGACGGGGUCCGCGAGCGGCCCAUUCUUCUUCUUCCUCCUCCUCUUCCCCUGCAGCCACUGAGGGACAGUCACAAAGAGCUGCUGCUGCUGCUGCUGAGACGCAACCCCUUCCAGAUUCCCCCUCGUCUGUGGUAAACAAACAGCUGGGAUCCAUGACUCUUGAUGACCAGCAGGGAGCGGCAGAAGCUGCAGGUUCACCUCCUGAUCAACCUGUUUCCGUGCCAGUCAGCACUAGCGCACCCACCACCUCCGCCUCCUCCUCCUCCAACACCUCCUCUUCCUCCUCCACCAUGACCGGUACCAGUCGACCCAGUGCAGCAGAGUCAGUCCUCAGUUCAGAGGGAACCACCACCAGCACAAUCAAGCUGGACUUCACCGAUGAGUGGAGCAGUAGCACAUCCAGCUCAAUGGGCAGCGGAGGCCCCAAAGCAGUCUCGGAGGCCGUGGCCCCGCAGAGCAGAGAGACUCUGUCGAUGGAGAGUUCGGUGUCGGAGCAACCUCCGUCUGUGGCCUCGGGGCAGCAGAGCGUCCCGGCCGCCGCCGCCGAGCCGCCGUGUAGCGCCUCCUGCUCCGGGGCCCGUGGCGGCUCGGCGGCGGCGGCGGGCUCCUCCCAGGAGGACGCUGUGGCCCCUCCACCGGUGGGAAGGAGCCAGCCGGAGGGCGCCGAGGACACGACAGGAGGCUGCAGGAGAGCAGAGCCCAGAGCGGAGCAGGAAGAGGAGGGCCAGAGUCAGCCCGCACGCGCCCACCAGGACUCCGACGACAGCGACGACGAUCCGAUUCUCAUCCCGUCCACGAGGUUCAGAGGUCAGGGACAGAGAUUAAAUUCCAGAGGAUCUGCAGUAGGAGAUGGGAUGAUCAGACGCUCGGCCGCCGCUCGUAUCCAGGAGCUGUUUCGCAGGAGGAAAGAACGAAGGGAGAUGGAGGAGAGCGAGACACAGGAUAUCAGGAGACCCUCGGUGAAGAUGGCCUACAAAGGCCACCGCAACUCCAGGACGAUGAUAAAGGAGUCCUGUUUCUGGGGGAACAACUUUGUGAUGAGCGGCUCAGACUGCGGCCACAUCUUCGUCUGGGACAGACACACGGCAGAGUACCUCAUGCUGCUGGAAGCCGACAACCACGUGGUGAACUGCCUGCAGCCGCACCCGUACGACCCCAUUCUGGCUUCUUCAGGGAUCGACUACGAUAUCAAGAUUUGGUCGCCACUGGAACAAUCGCCAUCUUUCAACCGAGUCCUCGCCAAUGAGAUAAUAACUCGGAACGAGCUGAUGCUCGAGGAAACUAGGAACACAAUCACAGUCCCGGCCUCCUUCAUGCUCCGAAUGUUGGCCUCCCUUAAUCACAUCAGAUCAGAUCGACUAGAAGGUGAUCGCUCCGAAGGUUCAGGACAGGAAAAUGAGGACGAGCAGUAGCCUGCUGGCAUUUUAAAGAAAAACAAACACUUUCUUCUCGCUGUAUAGCACUUGAAAAAAAAAAACACGAAAAAAACAACAACCCUGAAAUUUGUACAAGUAUAGUGUAGAAUACUUCCUUUUGAAAAUUAGUGUAAUUUCUAGCCCCCUGUGAUUUUCUAAGAUGACUUUCUUACUGAUGUUUCUGUAUGAUAAAGUACAUCUGUUUGAAUGCAAAAGGCAACCACGUCAGUAUAUAUAUAUUAAGUGUGAGAAUAAUGGCGGCUGGUGUGCAAGGAUGUUUUAAGUGCAAUAUUAUUUUGUUAGGAGAAAGUGACCUUUGAUCAGUGUUAACGUGUGACAUUUUGAAUUUGUAGCACAAAGCUAAGAAAUGUUGAUGUGCUGCUCUGGCAGUUACGCAUGUAAACAAGGACUUUAAGUAAAAACAUACUUGGA